AUCACAGUCGUUAGUUGGCAGCUUAGUCUUGAUACAAGAUGGCAAUAAGUACAGUGUGUGGUAGUAAUGUUCUUUUAAUGUUUAAUAUUGCGAUGUUACUUUGUUUAUUAACCGAUGCUGAUAAAACUGAUGAUAUUGUUCAAGAAUCAUCCGGUGGUUUACCAUUUUUACAAUUCACGAAUGGUGGUGUACGUGUGAAUUUUGCUGGAUAUCAUGCCGAGGCUGGCCUUGGUGGUUUAUUGGGUAAUUCUCAAACAGGUGGUGGUCUUCAUGCAAGUGCUGGAACACCUUUUGGUCCACAAGCAUCAGCUGGAUUAGGUGGACUUCUUAGCGGUGAUAAUGCUAACGCGGGUGGUGGUUUGUAUGCCCAAGCUGGUCUUGGAAAUAAUCGACCAUCUGCAAGGGCAGGACUCGGAGGAAUUUUAGAUGGUAGUGGAAGAUCGAAUUAUCCUGCAGCAGGUGGACUAUUCGCUGGUGCUGAUCUUGGAAAUAAUCAACCAGGUGCAAGUGCUGGACUUGGUGGUGUCCUAGGUGGAAAUUCUGAUGUAACAAAUGAUAAUGUACCAAUUAAUACUCCUCAAGGUCAUACCAACGUACAAAUCAUCUCCAAAUCGGCAUCGAACGGUCACAAAACUCAAAGAGCUAUUGCCACUAAAUCCAUCAUAAUAAACGAAGCUGUUCCUGAAACAAAAUAUGUUAAUGUGGAUGGCAUCAAUGGUAAAAGUGCUGUUCCAAAUGCAGAUGCUGCAAUUGGUAGCAACUUUGAAACAACACAAGAACCACCAAUUUCAAAUCGUUGGUACUUGAGAAAGAGACUUCGUGGAUUUAAGAAACAAAUACCUGUUUCCGAACCAAUCCCAGCACCCUCAUUUGACACAUCAUCAUCAAGUGCAUCUGGUGCAGUCUCUGUCAAAUCAUCUGGAAAAGUAAUCUCUGAAGUAAACGCUGAUGGUAACAGUGAUGUCAAUUAUGUCAGCUCAAAAGCUUACAAACCUGGAUCUUUAUACGAUGAUAUUUUUAAUAUACCAAUAUCAACGUUAAUGGCGGUGAAUAAAUUACUUAGAAAUAAUGAGGGUUAAUUAAACAGCAUGAUUAUAUUAUUAUUUAUUUUAUAUCUUUUUUUUUUAAUUAUUACUUUUUAUUAUUGAUAUUAUUACGGACAAACUUUCGUAGCAAAAAUCAAACGUGCAUAUGGGUACAUACGUUUCUUUUUUUGUUAUCUAUUUUAUUAUUAUUAUUAUUAUUAUUAUUAUUAUUAUUAUUAUUAUUAUUAUUAUCAUUAUUAUAAUCCGCAGUAUUUAUUCGUCGAACGCUUUUUAUUAAAAAUAAUCAAUGGAUCCGUUAAAUUAGAUUGCUUUCGUACGAACUUUAUAAUUUAUUAUAAUUAAUUUUAAUUUUUGUAUACAGUAUUCUUUAAUUUAUUCAUUUACAGUUUGUUUGUUUUUUUUUAUUAAUAUUUUUUAUUUCACAAUUUUUCCAAUAUCUUUUACUAUUAUCGAAUGUUUAAGUUAUACAUCGAAUUCUGUAAUGUUCGAACAAACACUCAAUAAAAGCAAUCGCUAA